AGUCGCACCAGCGGACGAUCGCAGGAAAAAAAACUGUUGAUCUCGUUUGCCUCUCACUUUAUCAGCGAAUCAUUUAUUCUAAACAAUGCUGUGUCUGCUAAUAUUCAUUCUCCAUCUUUCUGGACAUCAGUAGAAGCUAUAGGGCUUCAUUUCACCAUCAUGUUCUGACCAGGGGUGAAGGUCGCUGAAGAGUUACUGUUUUGAUGGAAUUUCUGUGUGUUCCUGGUAUGUAAUUCUGUAUGUGCUGCAGAAAGCAGAGACAUCUGGUGGGAAGAAUGGAAUGAAGAGCGAGUAACUCGGUCAAGGUUUUUUUUUGUUUUUGUUUUUCUCCAAGAAAAACUACAUAACAAUUUUUAGCGUCCUUGAUGUCUGUGCAUGGAUAGAGAGAUAUAUCGGGGAUGGUCUGAUAUUGGUUGAUAUCAGCAUUCGAUGUCAGAUACGCAGAUGAUUUGGAAGUUAUAAAGUGAAGCUGAAGUGUCGCUUUCUAGUCGUUCUAUUUGUGGACACAGUUUCUAUCUAUUUUCACUGAACGGCUUUCUUACAUCUGCACAAAAUGGACAUGCCGAUGUCAGGCCAGCGUUAUAAGCGGACGAAUUUUGAGGAUGACGACAUGUCAAAUGGCGGCACGCCCCCUCCCAUCGACUUCAACCCCAGCAUCAUGUUCAAGGGGGGUCUGACGUCAUGGCAACGCCGCACACUGCUGGAGCGAGCUCUCAUCGUCGUCCUCAUCAUCGUCGGCAUCUGUCUGAUCGUCCUGGCAACACUCGUGGCUGUCAAGGAGAAGAAAACAGAUUACUGCCUCACCCCGGAAUGCAUCACAAUCUCCAGUGCCAUCCUGAGCGCCAUGGACUCGACCGCAGACCCGUGCCAGGACUUCUUCACAUACGCAUGCGGGGGGUGGAUCAAGACCCACCCCAUCCCCUCCGGACACUCGCGGUGGGGCACCUUCAGCGUCCUGUGGCAGCAGAACCAACUUGUUAUGAAGAACUCCAUUGAAGGACCUGAAUCGUCUUUCCGCUGCGAGGCCGAACGUAAGAGCAAGCGUUACUACGACUCCUGCAUCGACAAGAAUAAAACUAUUGAGAAGGUGGGCAGUAAGCCCCUCCUCCAAAUCCUGACGGACAUCGGGGGAUGGAGCCUGUCGAACACGUCGGGGGUGUGGAAUAUCACGGACUGGGACUUCGAGGAAACUCUACAGCAGAUUCACCUGCUGGAUAUAAAUCCACUGUUUAAUGCGUGGGUCAGCGGAGACGAUCGCAAUUCUUCUAGGAAUAUUCUACAGGCUGACCAAAGUGGCCUUGGACUUCCAGAAAGAGACUACUAUCUAAACAAAUCCAUUACAGAUGACAAGGUGCUGUCAGCGUAUCUCGAGUAUAUGACGACCAUCAGCGUUCUGUUGGGAGCCCCAGACAAGGAGAUUGCAAGAGAGGAGAUGACACAAGUCAUUGAAUUUGAAACAUUGCUCGCAAAUAUAACAAUUCCUGCCCAGGAUCGUCGUGAUGAAGAAAAGUUAUACCACAAGAUAACAAUCCAAGAUAUGCAGUCGAGAUUUCCAUUCCUGAACUGGUUGAAUUAUUUCAACACAAUGCUUGGCCUUGUGAAGAUUUCGGUGAAGAGUACCGAGUCGGUUGUCGUGUACGCCCCCAAGUAUUUGAAAAAUCUCAACACCAUUCUCGAACAGAGCUUACAAACAGAAAACAAAAAAAGAGUUCUCAACAAUUACUUGGUGUGGCAUGUUGUGAAGGCGCUGACCCCGUACCUCUCCAAACCUUUCAGACAGGCCAAGAGAACAUUUAGAGAGGCAAUGACAGGUGUGUCUGGGAAUGAAGAAAUUUGGCGCACAUGUAUAACAGACACCGAUGCGGUACUGGGCUUUGCCUUGGGAGCGAUGUUUGUCCGAGAAGCUUUCCACGGGGACAGUAAGGCAAAGGUUAAUGAACCACCCAGUGGUACAAUGUUAAAACUACUACAGGCCGAGGAGAUGAUACGGGAGGUUAAGACGGCCUUCAAGAAGAACUUGCCAAACCUCAAGUGGAUGGAUGAAGACACGAGGAAGGCCGCAGUAGACAAGGCCAAUGCUGUGGUGGACAUGAUUGGUUUUCCAGAAUAUAUUCUCAAUGCUACACAACUUGACAAAGAGUAUGACAGGCUUAAGAUAAAUUCUUCGGAAUACUUUCAAAACAACAUGAGGAAUCUGAAAUUUGCUCUCAUAAGAAACAUGGAGAAGUUGCGCCAGUCACCAAAGAAAAAUGUAUGGGGAAUGACUCCGCCCACUGUGAAUGCAUACUACACACCUACCAAAAACGAAAUCGUCUUUCCUGCAGGAAUUUUGCAGGCUCCAUUUUAUGACCGAAACUUUCCCAAAUCUUUAAAUUUUGGUGCUAUGGGCGUGGUGAUGGGCCAUGAAUUAACACAUGGGUUUGAUGACCAAGGUCGCGAGUACGACAAGUUUGGAAAUCUUGUUCCGUGGUGGAAUAAAGAAUCCGUGGAGAGAUUUAAACAGAGAACAAAGUGCAUGAUCAAUCAGUACAGUCAAUACAAGUCAAAUGGAGAAAACGUGCGAGGGAAGCAGACACUGGGAGAAAACAUAGCAGACAAUGGUGGACUUAAAUCUGCUUAUAAUUCAUACCGGACUUGGGUUCAGAAACAUGGAGCAGAGAGAGAGUUACCUGCCCUUAAUAUGACUCAUAACCAGUUGUUUUUCCUCGGAUUCUCACAGGUUUGGUGUUCAUUGAGUACGAAGGAAGCAGACCAUCUACAGCUGCUGAGUGACCCGCACAGUCCAGCCAAAUUCAGAGUGAUUGGGACACUAUCAAACUCACACGAGUUUGCAAGGGAGUAUAACUGCCCUGUAAACUCCCCCAUGAACCCCAAGAAAAAGUGUGAAGUGUGGUGAAGUGUAACUAUUGUUUAGCACAUUGUCUGAACUAACAGAUGAGGUUUAAAUGAAUAAAUCAAUCUACUUGAGAAUGAGAGGUAACUCUUGUUGAAUUGUUAUCAAAAUGUUAUGUUUACCACAUUAUUAAUAUACUGACAAGGUUUAUGCGGAAUUCUAGUAGUAAGUCAGUUUAUUCAAGGAUGGGAGAUAACUCUGUUGAACUGUGAUGAACAAGAAAUGAUGUUUAGCACAUUGUUAAUACCUUGAUAAAUGUGCAGAAAAGAUUUAAAAUGGAAUUGGUGUAAAUUGAUAAAGCAGACUACACAAGAAUGGGAGAUAACUCUUGUUGAAGUGUGAUGAACAAGGAGUGAUGUUUACGACAUUGUCAGUAUACUGAUAAACUAGCUUACAAACAAGAUUUAAGGUGAAAUUGGUGUAAAUUGAUAAACCAGUAUAUACAAGAAUGGGAGAUAACUAUUGUUGAAAUGUGAUGAAUUACAACUCAAUUUUUUGCACAUCGUCAAUACACUGAUAAACUUGCAGACAAGAUUUAAAGUGAAAUCCUAGCAAUGAACCAGUCUGUUCAAGAAUGGGAGGUAACUUUUGUUGGGAAAAGUUCACUUUUUCUGUUUUGUUUUGCAUUUUAAAAGUUGUUCAUGUUAUUUUUUUGGUUUAAUUAGAAAUAUGUCACAUUGAUGAUAGGUUUCUUAAAUACAUGUUUCAUUUGGAUUGACAAACAUUACAAAGAUCUAUGAUUGUUUCAUUUGGAUUGACAAACAUUACAAAGAUCUAUGAUUGUUUCAUUUGGAUUGACAAACAUUACAAAGAUCUAUGAUUGUUUCAUGUGGGGCUGAAAUCAGUACAUUCUCUGAUUGGUGUUUUUUAAACUACAGAAAUAAUGUUCUCUGAUAAAAGUACAGAAUUAAUGUUCUGUGAUUAGUGUGUUUAAAACUACAAAACUAGUGUUCUCCAAUUCAAAUUAAAAACAUUAUGUGCUGUGAUCAGUUUGUUUUAAAAUUAUAAAAAUUACAUGUUGUGAUUGGUUUGUUUAAAACUAUAUAAAAAUAAUGUAUUCCGAUUGGUUUGUUUAAAACUACUAAAAGUAUGUAUUCUGAUUGGUUGUGUGAAACUACAAAAAUAAUGCAUUUUGAUUGGUUUGUUUAAAACUACUGAUAUGAUGUUUUUGAUUGGUUUGUUUAAAACUACAACAAUUAUGUACUGUUGUUUGAUGUUUGAAACAAGAAAGAUACUUUAUCUUUUGUACUAUAAUAGUCUGUUUAAAAAAAGAGAUUAGCUUCAUGUUGUUAAUUCAAACUGACAGUUCUCAAGAUAAUAACAAUGUGAUAUUUACUGGACAGAAAUGAAAACAAAAUGACUCAUGAAAGGUAAUUAUUUUACUGACCAUAUUAGACUUGUGUCAGGGCUAGCUCUGGCACUCGCCAAAUUCGACAAUUGUGAAUUUCAAAAACAAUUGGCAAAUUUUAUUUUCAUUUGCCGAAAUAAUUUCAUGUAAU